GCAGGCCGACGCGGAGCGCACAGCCACUCCGCCUCCUCGCCUCUUCAACCUCCCGGCCAAGGCGCGCGGUGGCGUCCUCGCGCUCUCGCUCGCGCCCCCGCCCGUCGCCCGCGCAAGCCAGGCAUGAAUGCUGAGACUUGCGUCUCUUACUGCGAGUCGCCGGCUGCUGCCAUGGACGCCUACUACAGCCCGGUGUCGCAGAGCCGGGAGGGCUCGUCGCCUUUUAGGGCAUACCCCGGCGGCGAUAAGUUCAGCGCAACUUUUCUGUCGGCCGCCGCCAAAGGGCAGGGAUUCGGAGACGCCAAGAACCGGGCCCGCUACGGCGCGGGACAACAGGACCUGGCGGCACCCCUGGAGAGUGGCGCCGGGGCGCGGGGCUCCUUUAACAAGUUCCAACCUCAGCCCCAGCCCCAGCCGCCAGCCCCGCAGCCUCCGCAGCCCCAGCCCCCGCCACAGCCCCAGCCGCCCGCGCAGCAACCGCAUCUCUACUUGCAACGAGGCGCCUGCAAAACGCCCCCGGACGGCAGCCUCAAACUCCAGGAAGGCGGCGGCGGCCACAACGCGGCCUUGCAGGUCCCCUGCUACGGCAAGGAGAGCUCCCUGGGUGAGCCAGAGUUGCCACCCGACUCUGACACCGUGGGGAUGGACAGCAGCUACCUCAGUGUGAAGGAGGCCGGGGUGAAGGGGCCCCAGGACCGGGCCAGUGCCGACCUGCCCAGCCCGCUGGAGAAGGCCGACUCGGAGAGCAACAAGGGCAAGAAGCGGCGGAACAGGACCACCUUCACCAGCUACCAGUUGGAGGAGCUGGAGAAGGUCUUCCAGAAGACCCACUACCCCGACGUGUACGCGCGGGAGCAGCUGGCCAUGAGGACAGACCUCACCGAGGCCCGUGUGCAGGUCUGGUUCCAGAACCGGCGGGCCAAGUGGAGGAAGAGGGAGCGCUUUGGGCAGAUGCAGCAGGUUCGAACCCACUUCUCCACGGCCUAUGAGCUGCCCCUUCUCACCCGAGCAGAGAACUACGCCCAGAUUCAGAACCCGUCCUGGAUUGGCAACAACGGGGCUGCCUCGCCAGUGCCAGCAUGUGUGGUCCCCUGUGACCCGGUGCCUGCCUGCAUGUCCCCUCACGCCCACCCUCCUGGCUCCGGGGCCAGUGGCGUCACCGACUUCCUGAGUGUCGCCGGGGCUGGCAGUCACGUGGGCCAGACGCACAUGGGUGGCCUGUUUGGAGCAGCGGGCCUCAGCCCAGGCCUCAACGGCUACGAGCUCAACGGCGAGCCGGACCGCAAGACGUCGAGCAUCGCGGCCCUACGCAUGAAGGCCAAGGAGCACAGCGCGGCCAUCUCCUGGGCCACAUGACAGGGCACCUCCUGUCCCAUCCCCGCACCCUCCCCCACCUCGGGGCACUGGCCACGCCCAUGCUUCCCAGGCCCCCAGCCCCCCACUCGACUCUCCUCUUAGGAACCUGGCCUGGGCCGGGGCCUGACCCUCAGCACUUUCAGCCCCCCCAAGUCAGAGGCCCCACCGACUGCUGGGAAGGAGGAGGCAGCAGGCACUGGGGCCGAGCCCCUGCUCCUGGCCGGAGCCAGUGGAGGAAGCCAGGUAGCCAUGUUUUGCAGCUUUGCAUCCUUUGUAAGCUGAAGACCCUUCCUCCCGGCUCUUCCUCCUCCGCCCUGCCCGGUUUGACCGUUGAGUCAAGGACAGGUUCCCACCCAGCCCCAGCAGUGGCAACAGUGCAGUCAUGUCCGUCCUUCCCUCUGCUGUGUGGUCCCCUGGUCACCAGGCCGGUGACUGUGUCCAAAGAACAGGCUGCCCCGCAGAGAUGGCCUCCUGCCUUCCCAACUUCUUUUCACUUCCUAAAAGCCCACGGAAUCCAACCUCUUGGACCCACGGCACCUGCCUUGCCUUCACCCUGGAUGGUGAGGCACCCCAUCCUGCUGUCUCCUGUGCUGGACACACCCAGAGGAACUGGGCAGAGAGCAGAGGAGCUGGAGCUGAAGGAUCCUGCUGUCUCCCAGCAAUGCUGGCUCCUGGGGGAUGCGUCCCCACUCUCACCCACCCGGAGACUCUGGAUCUGAGUGAAUGCUGCAGGGGAGGAUGCAGACCACCCACGGGACCCCGGCGCUGGGAGAAAGCUUCUAGCAGAGGAGGAGGGCUGCCAGGAGGUGUCCGGGUGGGGCAGGGGCUCGCGCACACACAUCCGCUCUCUGGCUGCUUGACGUCCCGCCACGGGCAGGGUGGCAGUGAUGGCGGGCAGAUCUGGGUAGCUUUUUAAUCCGUCCGCUCAGCCCCUCCAGGAGGGUCUGGAGACGCUUUUUCCCUCUCUGAGCCUGGUCACUCGCUGGGGCUGCUGAGCUGUGUUCUGGUGUGGAAGGACUUACACCUCGGACACACCAACUAGGGUCUGGGGUCACAGAGGCAGAGGGUCAGGAGCAGUGCGCGGGAUCCACCAGAGGAUGAGUGCACGCUCACUAGGCCUCCAGGCAGGCGGGUUGGCCCCCUGCGGCCUCAGGUGGCCAUCCCCCAUCAGCCUGCCGUACCUGCCCAGAGCCUUCCAUGCGGGCGGGUCUCCGGGAUCCUCUAGGCACCUGCCCUUGCACUUCUGCCCUAGGGGAUGGGGGAGCCCAGCUCCUCUUUCUGGCCUCUGGAAGGGCUUGUGAGGCUGAGCACCUCGGAGCCACUUGCUCUGUCCCAGAUACAGGGGCCAGGAUGCCCUCUGGAAGCAGAUUUCUCUGCCUGCAGGAAGAGUUCUCCUUCUGAGGGGAACUCCGCAUCUGCCUGACUUGAGGCCUGCAGCUUGAGUUUUGGCACCAGGGCCCAGCUGUCACCUAAGCUCAGGGACAGGGUACCAGUCGUCCAAGGCAGGCCUUUCAGAGCCCUGGGAGGCCCCUCCAGCAGGCCACCCCUGGGGAGAAGUGCUUGCCCUUUCUACCUUCUCUCCCGAUCCUGCCAGUGAGGGGGGGCCGGGCCACCAGGCCCAGGGCCCUGGACGCAGGACAGCAUCUUGGGUGGGCCGAGAGGAGUGAGACCCUCCCUCUUGAGCUGCUUAGGUUUUGGGGGACAUCACAGUCCCAUCUCUGCCUCAUGUUCUCAUGUGCUCCAGAAGCAAGACUGGGGAAGGAGCUGGCUUUGACCACCCUUAAGAGUCAGACCUCUUCGUGAACCGUAGCUCAAAAGUUG